AAUGAAGGAGUGUAUCUAUUUGUAUUUAUUAGUAAUGAAGAAUAGUUACUUUCCAACCUAAAGUCGAUGGUUGUACGCAUGCGCGGUAGAAAAUCAAAAUCUGGGGUUACAUCUCUGGGACCAGCAUCCAUUUAGUUCUUGAGAGGUGCCUCAUGAAUGCGCUGUGCCUUGGUAGGCGAAUGCCACAAGAUACAAAUACACCAACAGGAUCAUUUGGCGGGCGACCGAGCGCCUGCCGUGAAACGUCGACUAAGAGUGCAAACAUAUUCUCCGCAGUGAACAAUUUCUUCGCUGAUUCGCCUUUGGUGAAUCAGCUAAAAGGCAUAAUGACUCGACAAACAACCAAUACUGAACCAGGACCGCCAGAUGACAAUCGCAGACCACCUACGGUCAACCUUGCUGUUAGCCCUUCGGAAAGUCAAACAUCAAUGCGAUCAAUCUCGCCGCCUUCGCAGAGGCAAGUGAGUUUUCUAAAGCCAGCUGCAAACACUGCACUUGAUAGAAAAGCAUCAAUCAUUGAUGAGACAACUGGUAUCACUCGCACGCAAAUGAAAGAAUUCCGCGAGGCCUUUCGCCUUUUUGACAAAGAUGGCGACGGGACGAUUACCAAAGAGGAGUUAGGACGGGUGAUGCGUAGCCUUGGACAAUUUGCACGAGUUGAGGAGUUGCAGGAUAUGCUGCAGGAGGUGGAUAGUGACGGCGACGGCAAUGUAAGUUUUGAAGAAUUUGUCAACAUUCUAUCAAAAUCCAUGUCUGGUACUGGUGGAAACACGAGUUCUGCCGAACAAGAAGAGAGGGAACUAAGAGAUGCAUUCAGAGUCUUCGAUAAGCAUAAUAGAGGGUACAUAUGCGCUUCAGAUUUGAGAGCCGUUUUGCAAUGUUUAGGUGAAGAUUUGUCUGAGGAGGAGAUCGAAGAUAUGAUUAAGGAAGUUGAUUCUGAUGGCGACGGCCGGAUAGAUUUCUUGGAAUUUGUAAGAGCUCUUGGUGAGCCAGAAGACGCAUGUGAUGAUGAAGAGGAUGAAGAUAUAUUGGAAACCAGUGAUGUGCCAUCACCGAGAUCAGUUCUCGCUUCUUAAACUUUCAUAUCUGUAUCCAGGCCUUUGGUGUAAUUUUAAACUCUUAUAGCGCAAUUUUAAAUACAGUGUAAACUCCAUGUAUCGCUCCUCAAUUUAAUGACGUAAUCAAUUGGCUUUGUUGGUAUAGUCUGUCUUCCAUACACAUAGCAUUACACCCACUCUCAAUAACGACAACAAUUGAGUAAUAAAGUAUACCUAUACCUUUUAAGUUGCUAAAAUCGGUAAAAACUGCGCAGCUGUGUACGUUUUUUUGUCGCUUUAUUCUAGUCUGCUCACCAAUGUCAUCAUGCAUACGAACUUUCUUCAUAAAAAACGACAGCGCCAAAAUAAUAUGCCUAUCUCGGGGCCACUCGUAAAAUCUAAGGCAGAGAAUGUUGCUGAACAACUUGGUUUAACUUCUUUCAAAGCAUCUGAAGGAUGGAUAGGAAAAUUCAAGCAAUGUCAUCAUAACAACUAUGGUAAAAUAAGUGGGCGACAUGUGGCUGCUAAUAUGGAUGGCACAGAAAAGAGAAAGCUAAUGGUAAUAGACAAAUCGAAAAAUCCGCGCCGUUUUAAUAAAUCUUGGAUGACCAGUUAUCUUUUUGAAGAAGUACGAAAGUGGGAUGCAGUUAUAAAGGGAAGAAAAAAAUUUACUUCUUGCUGACAACUGCCCUGUGAUGAGGUGGAAUCAGAACCGGAUUUUAAUGUUUAAUAGCGACGACGACUUUCUAUUUCAACAAAUUCAAAAAAUAUCAGACUACACGCAAUAGCAUUCAAAUAAGAUUAUUUUUUAUGUACAUUACUAACACUCAUUUGAAAUAAACUUUCUUUUUUCAAUUCUGAUUUUUCUUCUGUCCAUUUAACGACAACUCAAAAUGCACAGUACCUACAGAGUCGUUAUAUAGAGUUUACACUGUAUACGUCUACUAGGUAUAUGAAUUUCACUCUGUAAAAAGUUAAACUUUUUAAAUACUAAAAAAAAACAUAUUUCAUUGAAUUGCUUUUAAAUCAAUGGGUUGUUAGGAAAUCUUGUCGUAGGCAUGCGUUGCUAUCUCGAAUCUAAUUAGUAUCAACACAUGACAAUUAUUAAAUAAAGUCAUUGGCAUAUGUAAACAGACAUCUUAUUGUAUUGCUAUAAUUCAUUCAUAAUCAUGAUAUGUGGAUUGUGCUUUUCUAUAUUAUUCAGAUCGUAUAACUACCACUAUAUUAUCAAGUUGUGAGUCGGUUGUGAACACAACUAAUCUUUAAAUAUAUUAUAAUUAUUCUCAUAUCAAAAUGAAAGAGAAUUUAAAUGUAUAGAAUAUAUUAUAUUUAAGACCUGCUUAGUAUUAUAUCUAUUCUAUUCAUAAUACAAUUUAAAAUAUAUUCAAUUUUAACAACGAAUGCAUAUUAGUAUAUAAGAGAAAAUAUCAUGGAUUUCUUUACCUACUAAAUGCUUUAGACGUUUUGUAAAAGUUGUCAUCUUACUAUUAAUUUUAUGAUACUCUAUAGGCGGAACAACUAAAAGUAAAUUAGUUAUAACAAUUAUUGCUCUAACAAGUAAUCGCUUCUAGGCAAUACUAGUAACGAACACUAAGGUUAAAGAGCAUUACUAAAUUAACAAGUAAAAAUUUACUUUAACUAUUAUAAUAGUUAAUAAUAAUGAU